CGAUCGAGAGCACAGAAAAAAAACUUGCUAUUUCCAAGCAAUUUUGUUUCCUGUAAUCGAUUGAAAUGGCUUUGAUGAAGAGCUCGAUGGUGGUGGCAGCCAUGGUGAUGGUUGCCCUAGUUUCAUCUGUUGCAGCAGUGCCUGGAAUUGCAACCUUCUACACCCCUCCUUAUACUCCUUCCUCGUGCUUUGGGUUCCAAGAUAGAGGCGUGCUGAUAGCCGCAGCGGGUGAUUCUAUAUGGGGUAACCGUGCGGCUUGCGGGAGGAGGUACACUGUAAGGUGCACCGGUGGAACCAAUGCAGUCCCAAACCCUUGCAGGGGUGGCAGCGUCACUGUGACCAUCGUGGACUAUUGCCCGGGAUGCGCAAGCAGAGGUGUCACCAUGGACCUCUCUCAGGAAGCUUUUGCGAUGAUUGCCAAUCCUGAUGCCGGAAGGAUCCAAAUUGAUUAUACCCAGGUGUAAGAAGAGAUGAAAUGACUAUAAGAGUACUAUAGCUAAUGAAUAAGGAAUUGGAUAUCCAAGCGAAGAAUAAGGAAGCACGAGGACUUCAAACUCUUAAUAAAUAUGUGUAAUAUUAUUUAUAGUUACAAGAAUAUGUGACCUUUGUUUGUGAAGGUCGAUCAAUAAAAUUAUGUCCGUCCAUUAGAACUAAACUAAUGGAGUAUAAUCAUGAAAUAAUAAAUAAAAUAUCAGCAAGAAAGUUAUUUAAAUUA